AUGGCUGUGCCUGGACCUCCUCUGCUUCUCUUUCUGUCUGUGCUGCUGCCGCUGCUCUUGAGCAAGGCGUCUCUGCCUGCAGCUGCAUACACACUCAGCCCUGGACGGCAGCCUCAGCCCAAGAUCCUCCAUCUGGGUGAGGAUACACACCACGGUGCAAAAGUCCAAAACCUAAGUCAAACUUUAAAAUCUUCGACUUAAAUGUGCUUCAUCUUGUUUUUGUUUCCUGUUAGACUGGCCGAAGGAUUGUGGUAUGGCGCACUUCAAACCAAACACGGCGGAGAGAAUCGUGUCUGGGAAUGAGGCGAGACCUCACUCCUGGCCUUGGCAGGUCUCACUGCAGGUAAAUCUAUCUUAGGGUUGAUAUUUUUGAGUAUCUGAAGGGAGAAAUAUCAACACCACGAUUACCAAAUAACUGAUAAACUCGUACAAAUCAAUUAGUCUUGACCAAACCCCUUUUUGAGGUUACAAUUUAUGACUUUUUAAUCAUCACUUCAUGAGUUUGCUUUUUUGUAAUUAUCUGGAUAUGAUAGUUCACAAUAAACACACUAUAAAAGGUCUGAAUUUACUGUAAUAUAUAAAAAAUCUGAUUUUAUACAAGCCAGUGUUUCCCAGUGCGCAUGUGGACAUUUUACCUCUUGGAUGGAGGUCUGGGUAUGACGUCCACGACCCAAAUGAGCAUACUUUCACACUGUUGUGGUACAUUUAAAUUAGGCUCCAGCCGUCUGUCAGCCUCCGUCAGGUAAAUUGGUGAAAAUCUGAUAAUAAAAAAAAUGUAAAUAGAGUUAUUUUGGAUUUAGGGGAAACAUGCAGCAAACACAACUACUGUUCAAGACACUGAGUCAGCGUGGUAUAGCUGAUAUGCAACAUGUGCAAUCUUUUAUUCUUCUUAAUCAUAACUUCAUUAGCUGAAAAUCUGCUUAUAGCACCCUCUAGUGGACGAACCAUCCACAUAUAUCAGACAUAUUGUAUUUCAGCAUUUUAGGACUGAAUGCAGUUGAUUUCCAAAAGCUUAUAUUUGGCGCAAUUUUGGCAUACAUUUUUUUUAAAUUUGUUGGAUUGUCUAAAGUGGGUAAAAUUAUGUAUUAAAACAUAUUAAAUCAUGGCCAAUUUUUUAUAUUUUCUUAAUUGUGUACUAAUAUUACACAACAGCUCAGAGCUAAAAACAUUAAGGCCAUGACACGACUUGCAAACACGACUUCUCUCACCGACUCUUCACUGUUGUUCCCCAUGAGAGGAGAUUCAGAGUCCUAAUAUGCAAAAGAGCCUAUCUCAGAAAAAGUCUCAUUUCCUCAGCUAAAUUAACCAUAAAUAUGAAGCUGGUACAAUAAACUAACUUACUUACUAAUCCCACCUUUAAUCCAACCUCUUUGAUAGCAGUGAAGACAUUAUUUGGCAUUAUUUACCUAAUUAAAAUCUUUACCAGGAGAGCUAUGUUACCAUAUUUUUCGCACUAUAAGGCGCACUUAAAAUCCUUUUGGCUUGUCGGAACACUGCAGCUACCGUAGCCUUGCGGAGUUAUUAAAUGAGUUUAACAAAGUUUAACUUAUCUGACUGUUUUGUCAGAUGAGUGCGCUUUAUAACCCGGUGCGCCUUAUAGUGGGAAAAAUACGGUAAUCUUUUUUAGUAUUUUUUAAAAAUCUCACCUCACAGUGGAAGCUGUCUGGAUGUCUCCUGUAGGUUCGUCCCAGGGGGAGCAAACAUUACAUUCAUGUCUGUGGAGGAACUCUCAUCCACAAGAACUGGGUCCUUACUGCGGCCCACUGCUUCCAAAAGUAAGUCACAUACUGUCCCUUUAAUACAGCAAAAAACAAAAUGUUCAAAAAUAGGAAAUGAAAUUUGAGCUUCAAAAACCUGACAGCAGUUGUUUUUGGUCUCUCAGAGGUAAAGCCGAGGAUGCUGGGAGCUGGAGGAUCGUCCUGGGGAAGCACCAGCUGAAGCGCUCAGAGACAGCCGAGCGAAUCUUCCCCGUGAAGAGGAUCUACCGACAUGAGAACUUCCGGUACCCGGCUCACAGCGAGCUGGACUACGACAUCGCCCUGGUGAAGGCUGGCACGGACAUCAUCCCCUCAAACUUCAUCCGCUACGCCUGCCUGCCGCGCAAGCAGACCAGCCUGAAACCGGGACACUACUGCUGGGUGACGGGCUGGGGGGACACCCGGGGUGAGGAGAGAACUGAAUGUAGAAAAAAAAGAAUAGAGCUUUGAUUACAAUUCAGAAACAAGAGCAAAGGCAGUCAUAGGGUUUUUAGAAAACAUUUAUUCUUAGGGCAUGAGACCAAGAACCGAUAUUUGGUAUCGAUAUGCAAUCACAGCAAAAAUUCCUGUCAAAAUCCAGGGUGUGGGAUAAAACAAACUAUUACAGUUAACUUUUCUCCACUGCUGAAUAUCAGCCCUAAGCUAAUCAAUCCACCUCUAUCUUCCAUCUUUAACUACCAUAACCUAAAGAUACUAAACCCCAAAUUUGAAAUGUAAACCUUGGGCUGGUUGCAAGCUCAAUUGAUCGUCAAAUCCAGCAAGGUUCUUCCUCUGGGGAGCAAGAAAAAACAAACUUUUAUGAACCCAAUUGCAGUUAAAUGAAUAUUAUUUUCCUUUCAUGUAUUUCAGGUGGGAAGGAGAACGUUUCUCUGGCUGAGGCCCUGAACCAAGCCCGCCUGCCCAUCAUCGACUUCAAGACCUGCCGGCAGAAGAAAUUCUGGGGCGAUAGGGUCCGAGACUCGAUGAUCUGUGCCGGGUUCAGAGACACUGAGGACCCUCCUGCUGCAUGCCAGGUACCGCUGAAAUUUAGACGUUCUUACUCAGCUGGUUUGGUUUAGUUAGUGGAGCAGGCGCCUGAUUUACAGAGGCUACAGUGUUGGUCAUAGGAUCAGGAGCGUGCAAGUCAAGGAUCUGGAACCCUUGAAAUCUGAUAAACCGUCCAAGCUAUGAUUGGCUACCUGCCUUUUUUAGAGGCGGGGCUUACAUUCACAUUAACUAUUUGGUGUGUGUUAAAGGUAGGGCCUGACUGAUAUGGAUUUUUUGGCGCCAAUGCCGAUACCGAUUAUUAGGGGGGAAAAAAUCGGAUUACGCAUUAGUCGGCCAAUUUUCUAAAUUUUUAAUGAAGUUUUAAAAUUUUGUUAAUUUAAGUAACAUAUCUACAUUUAUACUUAUUUUUAACAAAUGGCUGCUUUUAAGCCUUUCAAACACUUCCCCAAAGAAUUAAAGGCAGAAAACUCAUUUCAAAAACUGAAACUGAAACUUGUUGACUUAUUGUGUAUUUCACAAACUGGUUUAUUUACCGUUGAGGCGGACCACUCUCCUCCGUGCGUCCCUGAGCUGCCUGCUUCAGAUCCGUCACUCUGCUGUGCUGUGAGGUAGUUAGUGGAUGAAGAUUGUCAUGAGGUCGCUGCGCCAUCUACAGGAUAAGUCAGGGAACUUUUCAAAUGGCAGAACAUUUUCGAAGUCUUGGCCGAUUACCGAUUAGUCUCAAACGGGCCCUAGUUAAAAGGCUGGCAGUAGCUUUGUUUUUAAAAGUCUAUUUUUAUUCGACUACUAUGGCCACCCCAUGACCCGGUUUAAGCCACCCCAGUCAAAAAAGUCUGGACACACACCUGCAAAGGAUUGAAACCCCAGUUUUGAGAGAUUUAGUGCACACUUUCCUCCUUAUUUUCCAGAAACCAAGAUAAUACUCUUCGAUAAUAACUCAACACUCACUUUUAUUCCCCCUCUUCAGGGUGACUCUGGCGGUCCUCUGCUGUGCCAGCUGGGGCGCGACCGCUGGGAGGUGCACGGCGUGGUGAGCUUCGGCCCUAUCGGCUGCACCGUGGAGAACAAACCCAGCGUCUUCACCCGCACCGCCGCCUACAUCCCCUGGAUCGAGGCGACGCGCAUCAGGGACUUCUUCCUGCACUAA